CCCAAGGGACCUUUGUAUAUCAAAAUCAAAGUAGCACCUUGCGUGGUUUUUGUGCCUGUAUUGAAUAUUUAAUUAGAAUCGACCCAAGUGUAAAAGUAGCCCAGUAUUCACUGUAUUGGCAGUAACCUACUGAAGUAAACAGAAUAGAGCGGUCUCUGAGGUUUAGGCCAACAGUCGCUGUUACUUUCCUACCACGGGAUGGUAUAAGGAUACGUGGAAUAGGUAGACAUCCGGCUGUUCAUCUUAGUGCCAUGUACACCAAAAUUAAAGUGAUAACGAAGUUGUCAGUUGCCAACGAUGUGGUGAGAAGAAUAUUGAUGUUGGAUCCUCCUAUCAUUGGGGUGAGCGGCAAAGGAGUCCCAUUCAAUAACUUAGAGACAAUUACUUUGGUGACAGUCGUCACAUUGCAUGGAGAAGUUUUCAUCUUUGACAUCAGAAAGAACAGAGAUUUGAUGAUCAGCGGAGGAGUGGGUCGUGUGCUACAGUCAAAGGAAUUAAAAAAGGUACUCCACGACGGCAACGAGUUUAACCUCGCUCUUCGAAGGCAGUUUGGGGUGCGGAUACAAAACGUAUUUGACACACAGGUGGCGUACUCCCUUAUUAUGCAAACGCAAGGACUCCCGCCACGUUUUAUUCACGUGCGUGACGCUUACGUUAAGUACGGCGGCGUUAAGGAGGACAUCGACCCGGCAACUAGGCAACUGAUGUCCGAAGAUCCAAACUUUUGGUCCCGCAGACCUCUUAGUAAGGUUGCACAGCGGGUUGCAGCCAUGGACACCAUUCCUCUCUUACCAACAUUGUACGACGCCCUUAACCGGGAAAUAACCGCCGAUAUACGAGCACUUUUUGAGCACAUGAGUGAAGAUAACGUGCGCCCUCUAUCUAUGAGGAGACAGAGAACACGGACCGCCGAGAAAGCCGAAGCAGACGAGAUGCGACGAUUGCGAACCGACACAAAAAGUCCCAUUCUGAAACUAAAUAAAUCUCAAGAAAAAAUGUUACAGUAUACAGUGCCCUAUUGCGAAAGAUGAGACUUAUCAUGAACUAUUGCAAGAAUAACAUGACAUUCACUAUAAAACCUCAUAUUUGCUCAAUUUUUAUCGGUUUGGAUGUAAUGAUCUAAUAAUUUUGUUGUGCUAAGAAUUUUAACCAGCAAAUAUUUAUUGACCAGAUACAUUGUGGUCAGUUUAAGACAGGACUGAAGUUUUU